AUGCUGACCGGUUCCUCCUCCGCCGCCGCCGCAACCACCCACGGCAGCAACUUCAAUCUCAAUCUGAACCUCUACCAGCGCCGCCACAGCAACUCCCUCGUCAUCGACACCUCUGCCCUUCCCCGUCACACCUCCGGCCUGUCUCCCUCCAUGCUUGAUUUUCCGGCGCUGGUGCUCAGCCCCGAGGAGGAGGAGGAGAAAGCCAUUGCCCACAAGAAAUUCUAUCUUCAUCCAUCUCCGACCACCGCCGCCGCCGCCCGCCCCCAGCUCCUGCCGCUCUUUCCGGUGACCUCGCCGCGAGCUUCCUCCGCCGUCUCUGCUUCCACUACUACUACUACUUGA